AUGACACGGCUGGAAAUCGCCCCUUUACUCGGGCUGGAGGAGAGAGCUGGAGGGACAGGAGGAUCGUGGGAGUCAAGAGUAGAAGCCUUCGUGAGCAGGUCUGAAGGGGAGAAAGCAAACAGCGUUCUGGAUCUGGAUCUGGAUCUAGAGGACACAUAUGAAGAAAAAGAUGGCGGAGUUUCAUGGAGAGAGGAGAGGGAGGCGCUGUUUUAG